AUGGUAGGCUUACCUGGAAGAGGUAAAACCUACAUAUCACAAAAGGUAUGUCGAUACCUACAAUGGUUAGGUAUCCAUACCAAAGUGUUCAAUGUUGGUAACUAUCGUCGAAAACUAUUCGGGGCAAAGCAAGAUCAUUUAUUUUUUGACCCUAGCAACACUUCUGGAUUAUAUCAAAGAAAGGAAUCUGCAAAUGCAGCUAUUGCAGACAUGAUUCGAUGGUUUAAUCAAGAGGAUGGUAUCGUGGCCAUCUAUGACGCAACUAAUAGCACGAAACAAAGGAGAAGACAUAUUCUUGAAGUGCUGUCAAAGGAAAACAUUCAGGUUCUCUUUAUUGAAUCAUUUUGUGAAGAUGAAGCUAUCAUUAUGGAUAAUAUCAAACAAGUCAAGCUGAGUUCCCCCGACUAUGCCAACAUGAACCCAGAAGAAGCCGCCUCAGAUUUUAUCUCACGCAUUAACCACUACAAGCUGCAGUAUGAAACUAUCCAGGAGCAGGACCUGACUUAUAUCAAAAUGAUAAAUGCCGGAUCCCAGGUCAUCAUCAAUAUGAUUCGUGGUUACCUCGAGUCAAGGAUUGUAUAUUAUCUUAUGAACCUUCAUACCCAACCAAGAAAGAUAUACAUGUCCAGACACGGUGAAUCCAUGUUUAAUCUUCAAGGUAAAAUCGGUGGUGACUCUGAACUUUCCCCAAGAGGAUUACUUUACGCUAAAAAACUACCCGAGCUCAUCAAGACUCAUCUGGGUGACAAACAGCUCGUCGUCUGGACCUCGACUUUAAAAAGAACAAUCCAGACCAGUCAGGGUCUGAACUAUCCCAAGCUGAGUAGGAAGGCAUUGGAUGAACUGGAUGCUGGUGUGUGUGAUGGAAUGACCUAUGAGGAAAUUGAAGAGAAGUAUCCUGAAGAUUAUGCUUGUCGUGAUGAUGACAAGUUCAAUUACCGUUACAGAGGAGGUGAGUCUUAUAGGGAUGUCGUCCUUAGACUAGAGCCUGUCAUCAUGGAUCUCGAGAGACAAAGAGACAUAUUGAUCAUUGGUCAUCAAGCUAUUCUAAGGUGUAUCUAUGCUUACUUUAUGAACUAUAAGCAUGAAGAUUUGCCCUAUAUCAAAAUACCUCUUCAUACUGUGAUCGAAUUGUCUCCCAAGGCGUACGGAUGCGAAGAGAAGCGAUACAAGGUUGAUAUUGACGCUGUAGAUACUCACAGACCAAAGCCAGUCAAGUCAAAACUCUCAAAGCAAACACAGCAAGAGAUGAAAUCGGGUGCAAGUGGCCAAAAGAUAAACAAUAGUCCAAUACUGCCUAUAAGUCCACAAUUUAUGGCCUAA